UUAUUUUCUUGCUGACUUGUGGACCUUUCAUGUUACUCUCUCUCCACUGGAAACACAAAGUCCAGUCUCUUCAAGUUCCCAUCUUUAACCGUUAAAAUUUCCUUCCAAGUGCUUUUUGAAGGUAACAAUUCUCUCACACUUUCCAGGAAAUUAAUGGCCUUUUUGUUUCAUGGGGAUAUACAGUUAACUAUGGAUCAUGGUAUAUGAGGAUAUUAUAAACAAGGAAAGUGAAGCUGUAGGUUUUGUAUUUACUUAAAAAAAUGGGAAGAAGAAAGGGUAGGGCCGGUUUCAAAGUUAAAGAGCUUUUGGAGUUCUUUAAUCAUCUCUUGGAGGAAAAGCCCUCCAUUGCUUUCUUAAUCCCCUUGCUUUUGGUUUGCUGGGGUAUUGAGAAAUGGGUUUUCUCUUUCUCCAAUUGGGUUCCUCUUGUCGUCGCUAUCUGGGCUACUUUUCAGUAUUGCAGUCAUCAACAGAGACUUCUUGUGGAAGACCUAAACAAGAAGUGGAAGCGAGUUGUAUUGAACACCUCGCCAAUUACGCCAUUGGAACACUGUGAGUGGAUGAACAAGCUGUUGAUGGAAAUUUGGACCAGCUAUAUGAACCCAAAGCUUGCAACAAGAUUCUCAUCCAUUGUUGAGGUGUACUCAUGCACACACUUGCGUGUAUUUAUGGUUCUUUGUGAGAUCAAACAAAAAGUUAAACAUUUUUCUUUGCAGAAACGUUUAAAACAACGUAGGUCGAAGCUCAUCGAAAAAAUUGAGUUGCAGGAAUUUUCACUUGGUUCAUGCCCACCUUAUCUGGGUCCACAUGGGACUUGUUGGUCAACUUCAGGUGAUCAGCGAAUUAUGAAUUUGGGUUUCGAUUGGGACACCAGUGACAUGAGCAUUUUGUUGCUGGCUAAGCUGGCAAAACCAUUAAUGGGAACUGCUCGAAUUGUUAUAAACAGCCUCCACAUCAAGGGUGAGCUUCUCUUGAUGCCAGUUCUGGAUGGGAGAGCAGUUUUGUACUCAUUUGUGUCAACUCCUGAAGUAAGAAUAGGAGUUGCUUUUGGAAGUGGAGGAAGCCAGUCACUACCUGCCACAGAGCUGCCCGGCGUUUCUUCUUGGCUGGUCAAGGUUUUAACUGACACCUUAGUUAAGACAAUGGUUGAGCCUCACCGUCGUUGUUACUGUUUACCAGCAGUAGAUUUAAGGAAAAAGGCUGUUGGUGGAAUUGUAUAUGUGUCAGUCAUCUCAGCUAGAAAACUUUCUAGAAGUAACCUGAGAGGAAGCCCACCAAGAAGGGAACAAAGUCAUUCGUUAAAUGGUAGUUUGGUAGAGCAUUUUGAUGAUGAAGAUCUGCGAACAUUUGUGGAGGUCGAACUUGGACAGUUAACAAGGAGAACAGAAGUGAGACUAGGCUCAAGCCCUAGAUGGGAUUCAACAUUUAACAUGGUCUUACAUGAAGAUACAGGAACUCUUCGAUUACAUCUUUACAACUGCCCACCCAACAGUGUGAAGUAUGAUUAUCUAGCAAGUUGUGAGAUCAAGAUGAAGUAUGCUGCAGAUGAUUCAACAGCGUUUUGGGCAAUUGGACCUGACUCUGGUGUAAUUGCCAAACAUGCUGAGUUUUGUGGAAACGAAGUUGAAAUGGUGGUUCCAUUUGAGGGAGUUACUUCAGGAGAGUUGACUGUCAAGCUUGUAGUAAAAGAAUGGCAGUUCUCUGAUGGUUCCCUUAGCUUGAACAAGUUCAAUGUUAGCUCUCUGAAGUCGAUGUAUGGAUCAUCAAAUCUUCUUUCAAGAACAGGAAGGAAGAUUAAUGUGGCUAUCAUGGAGGGAAAAGAUCUGAUUUCAAAAGAAAGAUCUGGAAAGUGUGAUCCAUAUGUUAAACUGCAGUAUGGAAAGGUCCUACAGAAAACACGGACUGCACACAAUUCUAAUCCUUUCUGGAAUCAAAAGUUCGAAUUUGAUGAGAUAGUAGAUGACGGAUGCCUUAAGAUUAAAUGCUACAGCGAAGAAAUCUUUGGAGAUGAAAACAUUGGUAGUGCACGAGUAAAUUUAGAAGGUUUGCUGGAGGGAUCAAUCCGGGACAUAUGGGUUCCCCUUGAAAGAGUGAAUUCAGGAGAAUUAAGGCUUCAAAUAGAAGCAGUCAGAGUCAAUGACUCUGAAGGAUCACGGGGUUCUGUCUCAGGUUCAUUCAAUGGUUGGAUUGAACUUAUCCUUGUUGAAGCAAAAGAUCUUAUUGCUGCUGAUCUUAGAGGGACAAGUGAUCCAUAUGUGAGGGUACAGUAUGGAAGCUUGAAGAAGAGAACAAAGGUUAUGUACAAAACUCUGAAUCCUCAAUGGAAUCAGACCUUGGAGUUCCCUGAUGAUGGCAGUCCCUUAGAGUUGCAUGUGAAAGACUAUAAUGCCUUGCUUCCAACCUAUAGUAUAGGUGAUUGUGUUGUAGAGUAUCAGGGAUUGCCUCCAAACCAGACGUCUGACAAGUGGAUACCUCUCCAAGGAGUAACAAGGGGAGAGAUCCACGUUCGGAUAACUAGGAAAGUUCCAGAACUACAAACAAGAAGCAGUUUGGAGGCUGAUGCAUCUUUAACCAAAUCACACCAAAUUUCUAACCAGAUGAAACAAUCGAUGAUCAAGUUGCAGUCUUUGAUUGAGGAUGGCAACCUGGAUGGUCUCUCGACAGCCUUGAGCGAGAUGCAAAGCCUAGAGGACAUACAAGAAGAGUACACGGUACAGCUCGAGACUGAGCAAAUGCUUCUUCUUAACAAGAUAAAGCAGCUUGGUCAGGAAAUUAUGAGCUCAUCAUCUUCCUUGAGCACAAGAUCUUCUGGAUUUUGAUGAGCCAUGUUAGUUUACUGGCUACUCAUAAUUAAUUACACCUUAGUAUUAGAGGGGGGGCCAACCCUAUAAUUGUAUAUUAUGUGAAGCUUAUAAACUCAGAUCAGGAGUAUCAAGUAAAGAAAUCGGGCCUUCAUGUUUCACAA